AUGUUUUUGUUCUUGUGGUCAUUGAAAUCUCUUGUUAUGUCAAAUGAAGAAAAAUCAGAAGAAAGUGUUGAAGCACUUAUCCAAUUGGAGGAGAAAUGCAAGGUCUUGGCACAAAUCUACGCGGCCGAUGUUGAGGAAGAGAAACUUAUUGAAGAGGUCCGCCACCUCGAUGCUCUGAAGCGAUCCAAUCUUUUUGGUCCAAAAGAAUCUCUCACUUCCAUGACGUUAUUGAAUGGAAUAUACCAGAAAGGUCUUCAGCCGCUCUUCGAAUCAGUCUGCAUUUUGCUGCGCAUCUUCAACAUCAUCCCUGUUUCUGUUGCGGAAGGCGAGAGAUCUUUUAGUAAGCUUGCUCUAGUUAAGACAGCUUUAAGGUCUACAAUGAGCCAAGAACGACUCACGAAUCUUCUGGUUAUUUCCAUUGAACAUGAUCUUGCCAAAAAGUUGUGCUACGGUGAAGUGAUUUCCAAAUUUGCCAUGAGUAAAGCUCGAAAGAUCAAUUUCCUCUGA